GCGAGAGAACCAGAGAUUUGAUAGUGCUCAGUCGUGUGGAAGGAUUCAAGCCGAGAGACAGGUACCCAGGCCGGGCAAAAGCAGCGGGGGACGCCACGAGGAUCGAGGCUACCUUAGAUCAACGGACGAAGUGUAAAGAUUGAAGUCUGGUCACACACAUCACGUCCCAUCUUCUCCUCUCCUCCUUUUCCCAAGUCCGUUCCUUCAAACAAUCACCAUCAUGGCUUCCAAACUAAACCCGAAUGUCUUGUACGUCCAAGAACCGCGGGAGUCGACGUUUUCACAGGAAUCUGACCGCCUAGCGCAGCCCGAACCCGGGGAAGAGAGCUCGGAUAGCGACGGAGAGACGGACGAGACGGAGCAGAAGCUGAUCCGGAAAGUGUCCACGUCAGGACAGUUACGUGCCAAGAAAAGUGUAAAGGAAGGGAUCCUAUUGAAACAGACCAGUUCUUUCCAGAGAUGGAAAAGGAGGUACUUCAAACUGAGAGGCCGGACACUUUACUAUGCCAAAGACUCCAAGUCUCUGAUAUUUGACGAGGUGGACCUAUCAGACGCCAGCGUGGCCGAGACCAGUACCAAGAACAUCAACAACAGCUUCACGGUGAUCACUCCAUUCAGGAAGUUGAUGCUGUGUGCUGAGAGCAGGAAGGAGAUGGAGGAUUGGAUCGGUGCUCUGAAGUCUGUACAGAAAUGGGAAACGUAUGAGGCCAGUCUAUUCAAUAUGGAACAUUUUUCUGGGAUGCAUAACUGGUACGCCUGCUCCCACGCCAGACCCACCUUCUGUAAUGUGUGUAGAGAGGCCCUCUCCGGAGUCACCUCCCAUGGACUGUCCUGCGAAGUGUGUAAAUUCAAAGCCCAUAAGCGAUGUGCGGUGCGCUCCACCAACACCUGUAAAUGGACCACGCUGGCCUCCAUAGGAAAUGACAUCAUGGAGGACGACGAAGGGGUCUCCAUGCCUCAUCAGUGGUUAGAGGGGAACCUACCGGUCAGUGCAAAGUGUGUGGUGUGUGACAGGAACUGUGGCAGUGUCAGGAGACUGCAGGACUGGAGAUGUCUAUGGUGCAAGGCUAUUGUGCACAGCAGCUGUAAGGAGCAGAUGGGAAAGGCGUGUCCUCUGGGUCAAUGUCGGGUGUCAAUCAUCCCUCCCACAACCCUCAAUAGUAUCGACUCUGACGGCUUUUGGAAGGCCACCUCUCCCUCCUGCACCUCCCCUCUCCUGGUGCUGUGUAACUCUAAGAGUGGAGACAACCAAGGGGUUAAGUUUCUAAGGAAAUUCAAACAGCUGCUCAACCCUGCACAGGUCUUUGACUUGAUGAACGGAGGACCACAGCUGGGUCUGCGUGUGUUCCAGAAGUUCGCCACGUUUCGUAUCUUGGUGUGUGGCGGGGACGGCAGUGUUGGCUGGGUCCUAUCUGAACUGGAUAAACUCAACCUGCACAAACAAUGUCAGCUAGGGGUCCUCCCUCUGGGUACAGGUAAUGACCUAGCCAGGGUGCUGGGAUGGGGAGGACUAUGUGAUGAUGAUGCUCAACUGCUACAGAUCCUGGAGAAGCUGGAGAGAGCCACCACCAAGAUGCUUGACAGGUGGAGUGUGAUGACAUACGAGCUGCCUACCAAACACUAUCCCAUGGUGAAGGAAGACGAUUUUAGUCCCGACUCCCCCUUGCAGGUUCACAUCACUCAGUAUGCAGACUCUGUGGCCUCCCACCUCACCAAGAUCCUGGACUCUGACAAACAUACGGAUGUCAUAUCCUCUGCCAAGUUUUUGUGUGGAACGGUAAAUAAUUUUGUAGCGGAGGUGGGGAGAGCAUACGAGAGAGCUACAGAGAACAAGGAGGAGGCAGACGCUAUGGCCAAGAAGUGUGCCCUGUUGAAUGAGAAACUGGACAGUCUGGUGAAGGCUCUGAGUGAGGAGGCUGAUGCCCAGGUGGUCCCAGCCGGCAGUGUGCCACCCCAGGAUGGGGACCAGGAGAGGGGUACAGACACUACCGGAGGGGAACCCCGGCCCCCAUACAGGUCCAGAGAACAGCUGAUGCUGAGAGCUAACAGUCUGAAGAAAGCACUGAGACAGAUAAUAGAACAGGCUGAGAAAGUGGUGGAUGAACAGAAUAAACACACUCAUCUCCAGCGCAUGUCUUCCUCCUCUUCCAUCAAGAGAGAGAACAGUGAGGAACUGAAAGAGGCAGAGCCACGUCACGUCAGUUUAAGCCCCUCCUCCUCCACCAUCGUCCUGGAGAAACCAGAGAGUCUCAGCCCUCCGUCUUUCAACGAAGAUCAGUGCUCAGAGAAGUGUGUCAUGAACAACUACUUUGGGAUCGGUCUGGAUGCUAAGAUCUCCCUGGAGUUCAACAACAAGAGAGAUGAACAUCCCAAGAAAUGCAGUAGUCGUACUAAGAACAAGUUGUGGUAUGGAGUGAUGGGCACCAAGGAACUGGUACAUAAGACAUACAAGAAUCUGGAACAACGAGUACUGUUGGAAUGUGAUGGUGUACCUAUGUGUCUGCCUAGUCUUCAGGGUCUAGCUGUUCUCAACAUCCCAAGCUAUGCAGGGGGAAUCAACUUCUGGGGGGGAACCAAAGAGGACAACAAUUUUGGCGCUCCGUCGUUUGAUGAUAAGAAGUUAGAGGUGGUGGCUGUGUUUGGCAGUAUGCAGAUGGCUGUAUCCAGAGUCAUCAACAUCCAACACCACCGCAUAGCACAGUGUCGUCAGGUGAAGAUAACUAUCCUAGGGGAGGAGGGUGUACCAGUACAGGUGGAUGGAGAAGCAUGGAUCCAACCUCCAGGGAUAGUCAAGAUCACACACAAGAACAGAGCUCAGAUGCUCACCAGAGACAGGAACUUUGAGAGGACUCUAACAUCAUGGGAGGAUAAGAGGAAGAUUGACACCUACCGUUCCUCCAGGCCCCGCCUCAACUCUCAGCAGUCUAUGGAAUACCUCACAGAGGAGGAAUGUGCUCAAGUACAGCAGCUAGGGAUGGUGGCAGACACACUCAUCACUAGGUAUUCAAUGAAAUAUUUUAUGAAAAAUUCAUUGAGAAAAUAUGAACUAUACAUUUGA